CACCUUCCAGCUCUCUUUAGCGUUGUGACCGCAUUGGUUGGCGGGCUCUGCAGGGGACCGACCCCCAGGAGAUACAGGGGUGAAAGAGCAAAAGUCGGGUCCCUUCCGCCGCUAAAAGCUUUGCUGAAAUUGUUGGCAGUUGCAAGGUUCCACGUAGCUGGAUAGGAUCUCGUAUCCAAUAAUCGACGUAGUGUAUCACAAACAACCUCUUCCUUACAUAUUCAACUUUAUACCGCCGCCACUACGAAAAUAAAAGGGUCGUCCUGAUGGACCAUCGACGACCACAAUGCGUCAUUUCUUUUCUUACUUGAUACCCCUUUCAAUUCUGUUUUGGAGCGUUGCUGUAGCUUCCGACUAUUACGAACAGUUAAUUCUUAAGCCAUUGCCUCAAUCCGCCCUCCUCGCCAGCUUCAACUUCAGAUCCAAUACUAGCUUGUCGCAAUUCGAAGCGCACAAUUUUAGAUACUUCCCAAGGUCCUUAGGACAGAUAUUACAACAUGUUGGAACGAGAGAACUGCAUUUGAGGUUUAGUUUGGGACGAUGGGAUGCUGAAAGUUGGGGAGCGAGGCCGUGGGAUGGGACGAAGGAAGGGGGGACGGGUGUUGAGUUAUGGGCAUGGCUAGAAGCAGAGACUGACGAGGAGGCUGACCGCAAGUGGUUGAGCUUAACGAACGCGUUGUCAGGUCUCUUCUGCGCAUCAUUGAACUUCAUCGACGAAACGAGAACGACCCGACCCGCAAUGUCCUUCCAACCUGAAGGAGACCACCCGAAUUCUACCCUUGCAAAUAUGCAAUUGCUACAUGGCGUGUUACCCAGAGAAGUUGUGUGUACGGAGAAUUUAACCCCCUUUUUGAAACUGUUGCCAUGCAAAGGAAAGGCGGGAAUAUCGAGUCUGCUUGACGGUCACAAACUCUUUGAUGCAUCCUGGCAGAGUAUGGCAAUCGAUAUUCGACCUAUAUGUACGGAGGGCGAAGAAUGCGUGCUACAGAUCGAGCAGACUAUCGAUAUGGUCUUGGACAUCGAAAGAUCCAAGCGACCUAGGGACAACCCUAUUCCACGACCACCAGCAGGCCAUGACCUAAAGUGUAACACAUCAAAGCCAUACCAUUCUGGCGACACCUGUUUCCCAACAGAUUAUGCCGAGGGCCAAGACUGGGCCCUAGACCAAGUCUUUGGCAAGGCAAUCAAAGGGGCUUGUCCAUUAACUGACACAAGUGUUCCUCCUGUCUGUGUUCAAGCUCCCCACACUAGAGAUAUUUAUACCACUACUGGUGCCACCGAGAUCAAGAAUCCGAAUGGACUUUCGCGCUGCUAUCAGGUUCCUUCAGAUUCUGACUUUUCGAUGAUUCUUCCUCGUAUGCCACGAGAAGGCGAACAUGCAAAAUCAGACAGAGAUGAGAUUGUUGAGCCCGAAACACCUCUUUUGUAUGCGGAGCGUAGUUUUACGGGUCAUGGAUACGAGCGUGGCGGUGUGAGAACAAUUCUCACCAACCCAAGUCCGGACACCGAAGUCGAAUUCGUCUACAUGGAAAGCUUGCCGUGGUUUAUGCGAAUAUACCUCCAUACGCUCAAAGCUCACGUUGAUGGCGAAUCGGGUUCAAAGAAAGAUAUCAUCGAAGAGAUUUAUUACCGUCCAGCCCUGGACCGCGUUCGGGGCUCGCAACUUGAGCUGCGGAUGCGCAUCCCGCCUGCCAGUAUAGUUUUUCUUACUUACGAUUUCGAAAUGUCUAUCUUACGGUACACAGAAUACCCACCAGAUGCAAAUCGUGGUUUUGACGUCGCAGCGGCUAUUAUCACCAUUCUACCUUCUGACUCGCCUAACGCGCCGUUGGCAAGACAAAAGACCUCUAAUCUACGAACCACAACCCUUCUUCUCAGUUUGCCAACGCCAGAUUUCAGCAUGCCAUACAAUGUAAUCAUUUUCACUAGCACGGCUAUCGCCCUCGCUUUUGGAGGAAUGUAUAAUAUUUUGAUACGGCGAUUCGUGGGAGCUGAUGAGGCGGAAGUUGGUGUUAGCGGUCUAAAGGGCAAGCUCCUUGCGGGCAUAGUCAAGCUGGUAGGAAAGUUAAAGGGGGCUAAGGGAAAGGUAGAUUAGGCGCUAGCUACUGCUAUGCCCAGAUUUUGAAAUAGAUUUAAAAUACCCCUAUCCUGUCACGUUCUAUAACAGCAUGUCGGCCCUCAUUCGGAUAACUUCAGUGCUGAUCUCUUCGUUAUUUAUAGCGUAUGUGAUCAUGGAAACAAUGCUGAUUCUUUUGCAUAGGUAAGCGCAUGC